AUACAUACACAAAUACUAUAUUUGAGUAAAUGAUAAAAAUGGAAGAAGGUGGAAGAAGUAGUACUGUUAGAGAGGAGAAAAAGAAGAAAGUGAUGGUAGCAAUAGACGAAAGUGAGUGCAGUUUCUAUGCAUUAGAAUGGGUACUUAACUAUCUUUACAAUUCUUUGUUGAAUUCAGAGAUUGUGUUAUUCACUGGCCAGCCUAUUGCUGAUUAUAGCUAUAUCUAUGCUUCUUCGUUUGGUGUUACCUCGCCAGAGCUAAUAACAAGUAUACAAGAAAAUCAAAGGAAAGUAACCAAUGCUCUGCUGAAGAAAGCUAAGGAUGUUUGUGGUCAACAUGGGAUAGUUGCUGAGACAAUGACACAAGUGGGAGAUCCAAGGGAAACUAUAUGUGAAGCAGCUGAGAAGCUUCAUUUAGAUUUGCUUGUGUUAGGUAGCCAUAACAAGGGUGCUAUACAAAGGGCAUUUCUAGGAAGUGUUAGCAACUACUGUGUUCGCAAUGCCAAGUGUCCGGUUCUUGUUGUGAGGAAAACACCAUGAAAGAAAGGAGAAAGGGGCGGAGCUAGAAAGAAACUUACCAUUAGAUUUGUCUGAAAUCUCGUAUCUGUGCUAUGAAAUUCACGAAAUAUGUACAAAUUUUAAAUUUAGAGUGCAACUUUUAGAUCUUUAAGUCGUUAUUCUAGAAGUUAGAAUCCAUAAAGUUUAAAUUCGCCACCUUAAGAAGGUUGUGCAAUGUCUUUAUAUGUUUGCUCUUCAGCUCUUGUGAAGGACCAUCUGUUUUUAUAUGAUCUGUAUUAAAUAAACCAUCAUAUAUGGUAUGAAAAAGGAUUGUUCUCAA